AAUUCCUGGCAAGAGCUCCCAUGCCUUCAGAAGCGCUGUAUUGAGAAAUUUAAGGCUACUCUUGAGAUAAAAGAUCCUGUGGUACAAAUCAAGACCUAUCAACUCCUGCUUUCCGUUUUUCAGUAUCCAAAUCCAGCUGUUUCCUACCCAUACAUUUACUCUUUAGUAUCCUCUAUUGUGGAAAAACUGCAGGAAAUAGACCAGAGAAAGCCUGAAGACACUACUGAGCUUCAGAUCUUUCAAGAAGGCAUAAAGGUCUUGGAAGCACUGGUAGCCAUUGCCGAAGAACAGCACCGUUCUCAGCUGGUGGCCUGUCUUCUGCCCAUCCUCAUUUCCUUCCUUUUGGAUGAUAAUGCUCUGGGAUCAGCAACUGCUGUCAUGAAAAAUUUACAUGACUUUGCUUUGCAAAAUCUCAUGCAGAUUGGGCCUCAGUAUUCAUCAGUUUUUAAAAAUGUAAUGGCUUCUUCUCCAGCCCUGAAAGCCCGCCUUGAGGCUGCUAUCAAGGGCAAUCAGGAAAAUGUCAAAGUCAAGAUAUCGACAUCUAAACAUACUAAGAACCCUGGAAAGAAUGCAAGCAUCCAAUUAAAGACCAAUUUCCUCUAAUUCCUCUGUUUUAAUAGUGAGCACCUUAAUAAAAUACUUGAUUAUUUCCUUCUCUUUGGGGACAAAAGUGACAUUUUAGACACAAGUGCACUUGGAGGUCUGGUUGAUUGUCUUAAACAGCUGUGACUUUUCAAAGUAAUAUCAAACUUAACAUUUUUUAUGGUUUUUUUGUUUUUCAAUUUAAUAAAAUCCUUUGUUUUAUUUUUAGUUGGCAGUUCAGAAGACUACAGAGGAGACUUAACAGUUGUGCGUUUUUUAAGAAGACAUUUGAUCAUUUAUUUUCAUUUGAUGUGGGGCUUAUUUU